AUGGUUCUUUCAAAACAAAUUCCUAUCAAGAAAAGAUGUGUAUUUGUUGACGAUGGGCUUCAGUCCAAGGAUUGCGGGAAAAUGUUUACCGAGCAGGAGUUUGCCGCAUUCUUGGCAAAGCAGGCGGCUGAUGUAGCAGAGUUCGCGAUCACAAAUCCCUGCGGUCUCCUGUCUUGCUCUAAAAGAUUCAAACGAGACAUUGACUUUCAAUACAGCUAUUCUCCGUCCACGGUCCACAAAAGAGGGCAAGAUCAUGAAUCCCCAGCUGAUCAGGCUGUUAAUUGA